AUAUUUAAGCGGGUGAUAUUUCAUAUAAAAAGAUUUGGGCUUGGUGCAGGUUUUAUUUCAUUUUAGAAGGGGAUGCUUCGCCUUUGCAACUUUUACCAACCACAUAUAGUAAAAAGCUUUCACCAUGAAUUUAAUUGCCGUCUUUGUGCCACUUUUCUGCAUGUUUGCAUCAGGGGAUGCGAUAACAUGCAUUAUGUGUAGUGGUAUCACGACUACAAACAACGCAGCCUUAAACCUGACUGAUCUACCCCCAGGGACAUGUGAAAAACCACAGGAGUCAAAUUGUACUUCCGAUACUAAAGGUUGCAUGACCAUGUACUAUAUUAUCACCCUGAUGCAUAAAACUGAAGGUAAAAUCAUCAUGACAGACAUUGAGCGAGGAUGCGCUCCCCCUAACUUCAAUUACGUGAUCCCCGACGGGGACGCAUGUCUCAACGAAACUUCAACGGAGGUAUUUUCUGCAGCUCUGCCUGAUCCGUCCACUGUGCUUCCCCCUAAUCUUGGGGCGACCUAUGAUAGUCAUCAAAUAAGCUUGUGUGUGUGCGACAGCCAAGAUCUGUGUACACCACCCGAACCGGCCAGUACCACGAAUCAAACGGUUCCAAACGCCGAACCGACUCCAGACAUGGGAGAUACGAUAACUACUGUUGCAUCCGAUGCCACAACGUUGUCCGACUCACUUGGCUGUGAUGAAGAAGGAGAUUCUGCAGCAAAGGUGCUUAUCGCAAGUUCCGUACUCGUUGUUGGUUCUCUUCUGAACGUCUUGUUAUCCAUUUAAUACCAAUGAAUCGAUUGAUGUUACUCGCAUGUCACGUUUUAAAUACCGCUACGUCUACGUCACACUGUCGGAGGCGACUCCGGAUCGACAAAAUUUUACAUUACCCCCAAUGCCAUACUAUCGGUUAGGGUGGAGUCAGUGUACGUGAUGUGACUGUGACGUCAGACCCGUGACUUGUAGCACUUGAUGAAGCCACACUUUGCAUAUGACUUUUACCGAAAAUAAAAUGAUGCAUAAUUAUCAUGAUUAUAUUAAAAAAACAAUAAAACAAGAGUAAUUGGUUGAUGAUGAUUGGUGUGAGAAAUGGGGUAUUAUUAUAUUUAUUGACUGGUCUAAUUGGUUUUGUAAAGCUCUGCAGACUCAGUGUGUUUAAAAAAAAGGUGGUCAAAUCUUUGAGGGAUUUCAUUCAAAAAUAAUUCAAAUUUACCAAACAAUGAAAGAGCAAGUUCAUAGAUUUAUAUUGCUACCCUAUACUUGUAUCUCUUUCACCACUUGUGACUCAAAUUAGUGAUUUGAAGAAAUCAGGUACGAAUUGUAUAUAUUUUUCCAAUAUUUGGUAAUUACGCUGAGAUGAAAUUUCAAUUGAUGCAUCAGGAGAGUGAUUUCAUGUUUUAUUGACAUGGUUAACCGAAACAGCUCUACUUUAGGCUUCAAUAAAGGGCCGAAGAAAAUGUAGUUUUUCCAAUGAUUAGCUUCCCUUCACUUCAGCCAUUUCAACAAAACUUGAUAAUAUAUAAAAAUCUGUAAUUCUAGUCAGUAAUAUUUUUUUUCAUUCAUGCAUGAUGUCCGUGAUGCAAGUUGGGUAUCAAUAAAACCACGAGGAGUUGCUCUUUCUAGUUAUUUUUAAUCUAAACUCUGAACCGACGAAUCGACCUGAAGUCGUUUUGAUAGGAUUGAUUGUCGUAUAUUGUAUCAUUUAAUGUGUUUAUAUAUUAUAAUUGGACAUACUGGAUUCUGUCAUGACUGGGAGGGGGGGGGGGGGGGGGGGGGUGAAUACUCUAUUUUGUCCGUAUAGUAUUCAGAAGUCCAGUUUAGAAUUGGCAGUGUCUAUAUGAUUCUGUUCUAAUGGGAAACAGGAGAAUUCAGAAAUACAUUUUGCAAUAUCAUUAUACAAUGUUAUAAAUCGAUUUGGUCAGUGACCUCUCUUAAGGAUCACCUUUGAACAAAUGAUUAUUUAAAAUCAAACUUUAACUUGAAUCAAUUUUUAAUCUAAUCCCUGUGUUCGGCCGGUCACUGACCACAGCUUGUGUUGAUUUAUUUCCAAACUAUGGAAUGUGUAAUUGAGAGUAUUCACAUUCUAUAUUCCACUGACUCUAUAUGUAAAGUCUUCAUUUUUUUGAGAAAAUUAAUCGAAUAUCAUACAUUUAAGCUGCAUUAUUUAUAACUAUACGGGUGGAGGUUUAAUCAAUGUAUGUACACUGCAAAAACUCCGGUGUUGAUUUAACACCAGCUCGGAAUCUAUAUAUGUCCACACCAGAGAAGUAUUGAAACAACACCCGUUUGGAAUCAAACCGAUGCUGUUUUAAUAAUUGGUGUUGUAUAAUCAUCUGGUGUUAGACUAAUACCAAAACCGGUGUUGUUUAACACUUAUCUGGUGUGGAAAUAUAUAGAUUCCGGGCUGGUGUUAAAUCAACACCGUUGUUUUUGCAGUAUAUUGACAACAUUUACCUCCUUCAUUUAAGAUAUCAUGAGCCUUUUUUAAUAAUCUUAAAUCAAAAUAAUUUUAUAAUUUUCAGUAAGAAUUCGCGCAGACAUACUGUAAUCUCAGGUGCUGAAUUAUUGUUUUAGUGGCCCAAACAUAGAAUAGUGUGUGCAGGUCUUUGUAACCGAAUGGAAAGGCACUUUAUUAAAUGUCUAUUGGAUAGGAUUAGAUCUUUUCCCUUGAAUUUGUUGUUCGUUAUAUUUUCUCCAUCAUAAUUAAACAGCUUCGCUUACCACAUGUUUUAUUACAUGUUGUCUUUGUGUAACUGCUUACCAACCAGUAUUAAUCAGAACACAUUAUUAUUAUUAUUGUUGUUAUUUAUUUGGUAUUUCAAAAUACAUUAUUAAACAAUACAAUUACAUUAACAAUGUGAUAUGCGUGACAUAUUACGAAAGACUUGGAAUAGAGAUGGAGGGGCUGCCUCAGUUUCGAAAAUGUUAACUAAAUUACCAUGACCCGCAGGUCUUCCUUCCCACACCCCUUUACCUCCAUCCAGGUCAGUAUAAGAAUAUAAAAAGAAACAUAUGAAUUAUACGUAUUCAACUUAAACUGGCAACAGUUCAUUUGGCGAAACAAAUGUAACAUGGAUCCAUCAGCAAUUAUCAUUUCAAUUGAUUCAUGGCAAUAUAGAUAAUGAAAAGGGGGAAAAAUGAUGCAUGUUAUUUUACUUGAUUGUGUACAUAUCCAAGCUGUUUCGAAUAUCAAUUGAUUACCUAAUUAUUGGAGGGCACUCUACAAGAGCUUGUCUACGAAUGAAUAUUCUUACAUUAUAUUGUAAUUGUAAAUUAUUUGAAGAGAAUACGUAUAUACAUGUUGGUAAGAAUAAAUCCACUAAAUGAA